CCUCCUCCUCCUCCUCCGGGCCCCUGGUUGCAGAAGCCCCAGCCGAGCUCUCCCUUCCUGCCUGCCUUCUCGGUCGAUGGUGCUGCCCGGCGUCGCCAUGUCGCGCUCCGAGGAGGUGCAUCGCAUCACCGAGAAUGUCUACAAGACUAUCAUGGAGCAAUUCAACCCCAGCCUCCGGAACUUUAUUUCUAUGGGGAAGAACUAUGAAAAAGCCUUGGCAGGUGUGACAUAUGCAGCAAAAGGAUACUUUGAUGCUCUGGUUAAAAUGGGAGAACUGGCCAGUGAAAGCCAAGGAUCUAAGGAACUGGGGGAUGUUCUUUUCCAGAUGGCUGAAGUCCACAGACAGAUUCAGAAUCAGUUAGAAGAGAUGCUGAAGUCCUUCCACAAUGAGCUACUAACACAACUGGAGCAGAAAGUAGAACUGGAUUCACGGUAUCUAAAUGCUGCACUGAAGAAGUAUCAGACCGAGCAAAGGAAUAAAGGGGAUUCACUAGAGAAGUGCCAAGCUGAACUGAAGAAGCUUCGGAAGAAAAGCCAGGGGAGCAAAAACCCCCAGAAGUACUCUGAGAAGGAGCUGCAGUUUAUUGAAGCUAUCACCAGCAAGCAAGGUGAACUAGAGAACUAUGUGUCUGAUGGCUACAAGACAGCACUCACAGAAGAGAGGCGGAGAUUUUGUUUCCUGGUGGAGAAGCAAUGUGCCGUGGCCAAAAAUGCCCUCACAUACCACUCCAAGGGAAAAGACAUUUUGACACAGAAGCUUCCCUUAUGGCAGCAGUCUUGUGCUGAUCCCAACAAGAUCCCAGAGCGGGCUAUCCAGCUGAUGCAGCAGAUGGCCCUCAGCAGCAAUGGGACCGUUAUGCCCAGCCCUCUCACCACAUCCAAGUCAAACCUCAUCAUCUCGGAUCCCAUCCCUGGUGCCAAACCGCUCCCAGUCCCUCCAGAACUGGCACCUUUUGUUGGACGAAUGUCUGCACAAGAGACCAUACCAGUGCUGAAUGGUGUCUCAGGCUCAGAAGGAGAAGAUUACAACCACUGGUCUGAUCGAAAGCCUCCGCAGCCUAAGUCUUUAUCUCCACCUCAGACGCAAAAGCAGCUGAGUGACUCUUACUCCAACACGCUCCCUGUGCGCAAAAGCGUAAUGCCGAAAAACAGCUACGCAGCUACUGAAAACAAGACUCUGCCACGUUCCAGUUCCAUGGCAGCAGGACUAGAAAAGAAUGGCAGGACAAGAGUGCGAGCCAUCUUCUCUCAUGCUGCUGGGGAUAACAGCACCCUUCUCAGCUUCAAGGAGGGAGAUCUCAUCACGUUGCUAGUACCUGAGGCCAGAGAUGGAUGGCACUAUGGAGAGAGUGAGAAGACGAAAUUGAGAGGCUGGUUUCCUUUCUCCUACACCCGAGUGCUGGACAGUGAUGGAAGUGACAGAUUACACAUGAGCCAAGGUAAAAGCAGUAGUACAGGCAACCUGCUGGACAAAGAUGACAUCCCUCCACCAGAUUACAGCAUGUCCUCCCGAGGUUUCCAGUCACAGAAUGUGAGCACUUUCAAACAGAGGCCGUACAGUGUGGCAGUGCCAGCUUUUGCCCAGGGCCUGGAUGACUAUGGGACAAGAUCCUCAAGCAGCACGGAUGUUGAAGUGGCCAGGUUUUGAGAUGUUUCCCUGACUGUGUAUAGUUGAAUCCUUUUGCCAACGUUCAACUCAAACCAACAGUGACAAAUGAUCGUUCAGCUCCUCUCAUCAGCUGAUCCCAGGGAAGUUGGGUGACAGCGGGUACCUCACAGCUUUUAUUUCCAUUUCACCUGUGUUACAUUUCUCUGGUGUCCUUGUAAAAUGUACCAGUCUUUCCCAGAAUUCUUAUGUUUAUAGUUAGAUUGAAUUUCAGCCUCCUACUUGAAAAGCAUGUGAUGGCACAUUUAUUUUGUUUCACUCUUUAGAAACAGAAGAAAUACUGUGGCCUUAGAGCAACAUAUAUCUUGAAGAUUACAUGAUAGAUAGGACUAUGGACCAGUCUCUGUAUUUCCCACCUAUAUCACUUAUAAAUAGUGUGCAAAAUCCAUUCCAAGGAUGGUGAUGAAUCAGGAAGACUACUAAGAAACACAGAAUUUCUUCUUUUGCAAUAUCCUAUAAACCACUUAAAAUUUAUCCUGGAUAUCCUCUGUCAUCAGUGGAGAUCAGUAAACUGAAUCUGUGGACUUGAUGGUUGUCUACAAGAGCUUUGGUGCUACGCAGUGCUACAAGGCGGUAAUGUCCAGCAGUUCUGGAUCCUCAUGAAAUACAACUGUGGACCAAGGGCAGUACAUUAUAUGGAAUGAAGUAUUUCUUAGCUUUAAUAACUCUUGACUUACACUCUGGUUUUUCUUCAGAUUGUAUAAAUCUUGACUUAUACUUCUCUCAUUUUCCUGGAUGGGGCUUUAGCUGUGUAGCCCUCUGAGCCCAAGCCUACUAGAGCUGGAUUCUAAAAUAUGUACUGUCAGCUUGCCUUUUAAAAGUUUUCAUUAAUAAUCCAGAUUUCUGCAUGUACAUCUUACCUGUCAUCAAGUAAAAGAGUGAAGCUAAAUUAGCCCUGGCUAUUGUGGCAAGACCAUCAUCCCAUACUGUUAUGUGAAAAUCAUCAUGUAAACAUGUUUUACCCUCUUAAUAUUGUUGUGGUAUUGUAAGUAGGAGAAGGUCCGUUGCUAUUCUCAGAAAUCACCAGCAGCUGCCCUGUCCCAUUAUAAUUUCUUGCUAAUGAGGCAUGUGAAGAAUCAUAAAUUACAAACUGAGAUUCAUUUCCCACCUAACCCAGAUUCUUGCAAUGGAAUUGUCUGCCUGUCAUGCCUACAGUGCUUUUUCAUUCUGUGCUGCAGAAACAAGCUACUUUAGGCAGCCUGGCACCAGCUAAAAAUUGCAAGUGCUGUUUGAAAGGUUCUGUGACAAAAACAAUACUGCAGUCUUCCUUUUUGUUCCUAAUGUGUUCUUGCACUUGCCUUACAAUGUAGAUAUUAAUACAUUCAUUAAAAAAAAAAGCUUUUGUAUAUAUGCCAUCCAGUUAGGGAUCAAGAUUCCUUAAGCUGCAGUGCAGAACACUCAGUGCUGCAUAGCCAUUAAUGCAUUGAGGUAUCAGUGCAUAGUUCCCAGGAAUAGACUACCAAAAUGGGAUUUUAUGGGGUUGGGCUUUGUACAGCUGACUUUCUGUCUCUUGGAGCUUUGGUUUGUUCUUUGAACUGGUUUGACGUUGGAUGCAAAGUACUAACAUAGUAAGUGGCAGAUAGUCUGUUAGGCAAAUCGCUUCCAUGUUUAUACCUCACUCCACUUGUUCUGCGGAUGUGUGAGUGAGCAACAGGGCUGCACAGGCUAGAUGCACCCCUAAGGAAAUGUUCUCCACCUGUGCAGAAUGUCUCUAAUUCAGUCAUCUAUGCUUGCUUAAUAAGUGUUUCAGGAGCUUUGUUCACAGAAAUGCAAUAGUGUUUCUCACACAGAAGGUUGUAUUUUGAGUAAUGCAAUAAGCCAUGCUGUCCAAAAAGGUCAAAUUCUAUGUUGGUGUAGAAAGGAUUUAGGGUUGUUGUGUUUGUUUGCUUGUUUUUUUACCAGACUUGUUGGUUGUGGUGAGAAACAAGCAGGGGGAGGGAGAUUGUUAGCUGUUUACCUAUGCCUGACUCAGCCCAGCAUCAGUGGUAGAAUCUCCUGCUUUAUAUAGUUUUUAGGACUCUAGCCUUGCUGCAGGUAGUUUACCUGUGCAAGCAGUGCAUCCAAGUCCCAAAUAAUGCAAAGCACAUAGCAUUAAAAAGAAAAAUAAUAAAUUCACCAUCACCUAGUCUUCCAGUCCCAGGUUAUGGAUAAUCUUCAGGUAAACUUUUCUAGAACUAGUUUUGGAUCUCAUUAAAAGGAGCCUAACACUGAGACUUUUCUUUGUGCUGCCUGAAUGUUCUGUCCAACAUGAUUUGGAGAUGGGAUCUGACCUUAUGUUUCAGAAGUCUUAUGUAAGGGAUGAGAUGGGGAUUGGCAAUAACAAGUAGGGAGAGGAUUGUACAAACUUAGUAUGAAAAUGUGCACAUAUUCACUUAAAAAAUGCCAUUGCAUCUUCUUCAUUCUCCAUGGGUGUAGCUGGAGCAGGGGGUGGGGGCAAAAUGAGGGCAAAUAAGAAUUCUAUUGCCUACUCCAUUAAUUUUUCCUUUAGCCCCCAAAUUUCUAGCAUUGCUGUAACUUAAAACUUCAAUUAAAUAUUUAGAAAAACAGUUUAGGCAUCCAAAGAAAAGGGGCAGGAAAAGUUACCAAGGAAAUGUGAGCAUACCAAAUGUAGGCAUUGAAGGUAUGAAUAAUUUUCAGUGUCUCACUCGCUGCAAUACUAGAAAUUUGAGGUCUGGGAAUUGUCCUUAUUUUGACACCACCUGGUUACAGCCUAGUCCCUCUCAGGAUGCUGCAAAUUUCUUCCUGCUCCUUACAUUAUUCACAUGGUUGAGCGGGCACAAUCAAGUGAGACGUAGUGGAUGGGAAAAUCCCUGCAUGGUUUGGCUGUGCACUAUCUUUGAUGCCUGUUGGUAUGGGGAAUUGAAAUGAAGCAACUAUACUUACGAGAAAUGUUGAAAACUCCUUUAAAAUAUUGUUUUUCUCUCUGGAGGGUGAGAUCAUAGAAUCAUAGAGUUGGAAGAGACCACAAGGGCCACCCAGUCCAACCCCCCUACCAUGCAGGAACAUAGAAUCAGACUCAGAAUUUUGUCCAUGCUUUUGUUUGGAUGAUAUUCCCUAAAAUCUGCCAAAGUUCUCUAAUUCUCCCUUAUGUUACUGCUUGAAGAGUAAAUGGUUUUCUCUGUAAAGUUGCAUUCUGUUGUUUAUUGGCUGCCUGUAUAUCAUGUUUGGUUAAUAACACCCACAGGUUAACAAUAUUUCAAGGUCCUCCGUUGCUCUCACUGCAGAAGCCGUGAAAUUAUAUAAUAGGACUAGGAAACUGGCCUUUCAGAUGCUGUUGGGCUCUAUUUCCCAUCAAACUAUGCCAGCCUGAGUAAGGGUGAGGGGAGCAGUAAACCAUCAAGAUUUACUAUGAAGCAGGUUCCUUAGUCAUAUUGUAAGGCUUAGAAUACCAUCUCUACUUAAUCCCCUGAUUUCUGCUGCUGUGGGAUAAAUAAGAGCAGGCUCUUAAUCUCCAAUUUUCAAUUAGAAGAGACAAUUUGUGUAUAUAAGACUAAGAAGGAAUAACCACAGCCAGCCAAUUUCAUCAUAAGGAAAAGUGCCCCAUGACAUUUGUGCUAGAAGAAAAGAUGGCAGGAUAAAGUGGAGCCUUUCUUUACGUGGGGCAUCUGUUCCGGACUUCCCUGCAUAAGGCAAAUCCCGUGUAAGCUCGAGCCCCAUUCAGUAUAAUGGGGCUUGUGCUCAUGGUGGCGUGGUGUGUGCACCAUUCAUUUAAUGGUGACACGACUUCCAUGUAAACAGGAAGUGCACCCGCGUAUGGAGCGGGUGCACUGUACUUGUUCUGUUAUCUCAUUAUCUAACUUAAGCCUGAUCAACAGCCAAUGCUGCUCCCACUUGCCAGAGCAGAAGAAUAUGGCCUCAGUCCUAUUGAUUAUUUGAUUUUAUGCUGUUUUAAUUUUUAAUAUGUUUUAACAGGUCAACUUGUUUAAUAUUAUUUUAGUCUGUUUAAAUUAUUUUUGCUUUACAUUUUAAAAGAUUUUGAACUGCUUACAUUGAUUUUAUUUGAACCUGAGAUCCCCCAGCAUAGACAUUACAUAUCUUGUGGAGAGCAGGCAAGAUGGAUGAAACAUGUGGCUAUGUUCUUAUAGCCAGAUGCAAAAUGAUUACACCAAUGCCAAGAUGAAUGGAAGUCUCUGCUCUGUUGUAAUUGUAUGGUGCAUAGCUACAGGUGCAUAGCUAGAUGGUUCUCUGAUCCUGUCUGCUCCUCAUGAGGCAUGAGCGUCAGAGACUAUACAGUAAGUCGGGGGACUUUGAGCUCUAUGGAGGAAGAGAGUAAUAAACCUCUACAGCCCACAGAAAGGAUAUACACAGGUGUAACAGAAAAUGCCACUGAAUGAAUUCCAGCUGUAGUAGAUUAAUACUUAGACAACUUUUAUUGGUUCAGUGGGUCUAUUUCAGUUGAGAACCCUGAGGAUGCAGGCCUGUACAGCACACAGUAGAUGGAUCUUAGUGAAAAUGAACAAAGGGCCACAAGGCAUUGUAUGCUCUAACUUUUUCUAUAUUAGCUGCUUUCACACACUGUACUCUUACUUUGAGCAUACUACUGUAGCUAUAGAUUCCCCAAGGUUUUAUACUCAUGUCUGUUUUUUUUAAGUUUCAGAGUGAAAGCCAUUUCACACCCUAGAUAAAACAUGCAGUUGCCUUCCAGAUGCACUUAAAUCUAUGACAAUACCAGUGAGACAAGGAAUGAUAUGCAUCCUUGAAGUGUAACACUGCUGAUUUUUGAACAAUGUAAAUUCAUUCUAGUGCCACCAGCAAAAUACCUGAGGUUUUCUUAUUCUUCUGGGUUUUAAAAUCUCUUGUUGGAAGACAAUAUUGUUUAAAGGGUGGCUUAUUUUGCAAAGGGAGAAUUCUUUUUUGGUAACAAAAUAAUUUAUGGUAGAAAACUGAAUAAAAGGAAUACUAAUCUUUUA